AUGUUUAUCCCUAUGAUUGCAUCAUUUAAACCACGUGAGUCGAAUACCAAAUUCCAAGAUUUUGCCAAUCUAUUGCUUAAUCAAUUUAGCGAGCUCAUGCAAGAAUUACAUAAGCAACAUGAUUUUAAAAUAAUGCAUUCCGUGGUUCAACCUUUAUGGACGUCUCUUGGGACGUUGCUCUCCGGACUAUAUACGUCCAAACAAUUCGAUCAUACGUUCCGCACAAAUCUAAAUUCGUUGAGGGAAAUUGUUGGUAACAUGUCACCUGAUAAGCAUUCCAGACCAUCAAGUGUGCUGCUGAAAGUGUUGCAGAAGGGUUUAACGGCCAUGUCCCAGCAGCUUGGUUAUGGCUAUGUGAGUGCGUACUCCGAAAGAACAUGGAUUGACAAAGAGCAAAGGAAGUACGCAAAAAUAAUCUUUACCAUAUUUCGCAUACUUCACGUUUCACUAACUAUGUUGAAGGUUAAUUGCAAGAGUCUGAGUGGACAGCAACUUAACCAAUCUACUGACCUCGGAAAAAUUAUAGCCGAUGAGGGAUUCAAUGUAUCCGACCAGGAUGGACAGAAUGGCGAGCUACGGAAUAAGCAAGAUUGCAAGGGUUCAGAUAUUAUUAACUUACUUAUCAGGAACGUCGACGGCGCAAACAACAACGAGCACCUUAAAACACUUAAGCCAAAUGAAAGGAAUAAAUUCAGUCUCAUGAGUAUCAUAGCGUGCCUCAUGUCCCAUCUUGACGAAUAUAAUAAAGUUUGCCACCAUUCUACAAUCUCUGUCAAGAGGUCUCCGUGUUCUGUUUACGAACAGUUAGUCUGGCUGAUUGGUCUCCCACACAAUCAAGUGUUUGACAAAUUUAGCGUGUACUGUAGGGAACUGUUCGAUAAACCGAAGAAAGAUGACAAGAGGGAUUACUCAGAAAUUCCGUCAUCUGAAUUGCAACUUGGUGCCUACCCAUAUACCAUCAACUAUGAUGAUUUGGUGCCGGCGAUUAAACGUGUAUGCCAGCACUCUCACCGUGUACUUACUACUAUCCUCGGCCACGGCCACUCAGCGGGCAUAUAUGCCUCUGACUUCUCGAACAAUUCACUAAAUUUUUAUUAUCCCAGUAGUAUGUCUACGUUAGUAUGCAUGUUACUCGACGUCCUGAAGCGCAUCUACUACCAGCUUUCUUUCAUUUGUCGACAGUGUAAAUAUACCUCCAAACUUAGCGGGUGGCGUGACUGUUCAUAUGGGCGCGGCGUUGGUGGCUCCAAUUGGCAGUGUAAUACGUUGACGUAUGCCAAUCAAACGUGUGACCAACACUGCAAACAACUGGCCAACCAAAGUGCCAACCUAUGUGCCAAGCAAAUAGGCAACCAAAACACUAAGCAAAAGUGUGACCAACAUCCCAACUGCGGACUAAAAUCACCAUUACAAUCCUUCUUGGAAGAUGGGUUGCAGGGCUUUUUGCCACAUAAGGUAUCAGUUAAAGGAACAAAGAUGUCAUGUUCCUCCUGUAGUCAGACACCGCCUGGCCAACCAUGUAAAACGCCCAUGGGCUUCCCUGAAAUCGCUACCACUGCAUCGCACACGAAAACAGGAAUGGAUAUAUACAUGGUUCUGACCGAUUUCUGCGGCACGGAAUUGUCUCCCUUGACUAGACUGUGCAGUGUUUUCAGCUGCUUGCUCCCCAGCGCUCCUAAAUCUCUGGGAGACAUGUUUGCUUUCUACUUCAAUUUCAAUAAUAGGUGGUAUCUUCACGGCAGUGGAGUACGCGAGAUGCACAGGGAAAUUGCGUUCGAGACAUCCGUCAAGAAGGCGUAUUUUGGUUCACCAUACCCAGAAUUGAAUGAAUGCUCAGAGUUGUUUACACCGGAUAAGCAUUCCUCGAGCCAUGCUGCCGGCUAUUUAACUUGUCUAUCUACCACCGAAGUUACAUGUUACAUUGGCAACAAAAAUGUGGGUCGUAUAUGGAGUCCUUAA